CGCCUGUGUGCGGCGCGUGUGUGUGUGUGUUUCAGUGAAUAUCAAAAGCCGACAGUGAGUCACUUGGAGAGAUUGAGAAAGGUCGGGGCUUGUGGACCUGGCGGGCAGAGUAGCCAUUUUGCUGUCCAUAUCAGUUCCAGGGCAGAAACUAAACACCUCCAUGACCGGAGCAAUUCGUCAUGGAGAAGACCUAAAGAAUGAUUCUGUCACUCCUCUUUUUUCAGUGAAUCACUGAAAUUAGCCCACACUAUGAAGAAGCCCACUGGAGUGCCUGUGUGGGUCAUCCACACGCCCACACCAGAAACCAGCAAGGGUGAUGAUGACUCCCCAAGUAACAGAUCUAGUGCUCCACCUUAUGUACAGAAGGACAAUAAUGACACAAAAGGGAGCUUCAAUAAGAUGAAGUCCCUCAUCCCCAAUUCAUGGGGCAGCAUGAAGCAUUACUGGAAGCGGAGAAGAGAGAGUGCGCCUGACUCUGAAACCAGUAGUGGUGAGAUUCAGAUCCUCCCUAACGGAACCAGAGUGAGUCCUCCUGUAAGUCCCUUUCCGCAGCGCAUGAAAUGGGAUGAAACCGCGGAAAAACCUUUUUUAAAAGAAACCUCCCAAAGCCCAAAUGAGGACUCUCUACUCACAAGCAUCCAUCCUGUGGAGUACUACGCUGAGAAAUUGGAGGUGUACAACCAGAAGUACUCUUACUUGAAGUCAUGGCCAGGCCUGCUCCGACUUCUGGCUGGCAUUGAGCUUCUAUUCGGAGCUAUGGUGCUUGCUUGUGUCAUUGGCUACAUUCACAAAGACAGCGAAUGGUCCAACACGUACGGGCUGUAUAAUGGCGUCUACAACAACGGGCUUGGCCUGACGGGAUACAGCUACGGGGGGCCUAUGACUCCCUUUGUCGUGUCUGUGGCAGGAGUGUGUUGGGUUUUGACGAUGAUCGUCCUGGUGUUGGGAAUGACAAUGUAUUACCGCACCAUCCUGCUCGAUGCACCCUGGUGGCCCCUAACAGAGGCCUUGAUUAAUAUAACAUUGUUUCUACUCUACAUGGCGGCAGCCAUCGUAUAUCUUAAUGACUUGAACCGCGGGGGGCUGUGCUACAUGACCGUCGGUAUCAGCCCCAUCUUGGGCGGUUUGUGCCGAGUCGAGGGGGGCCAGAUGGCGGGAACUGCUUUUAUCUUCAUCAACAUGACAAUGUAUCUGGGGAGUUUCCUGGUCUGUCUGAAGAUGUGGCGACAUGAAGCCGGGCGAAGGGAGAGGGUGGACUUUGAGGACAAGGCAAUGGUGAGGAAAACUUGUGUGACAAACAUGCCGCUACAUUUCCAUGAUAGUGGUGCUUUGAGAUAUGAGGUACUCGACCUACGACGAGUUUUGCAAGAAACGAGGUGUCGUUCGGCCGAUUUUUUUGCUUUGACUUGCCAGCGCAAACUAAAAAACAAGGGCUAUAUGGUGACUCAACUCACUUCACACAAGCAGCAGUAUCCAGGGGAGAGCCCUCGCUCCAACCUCCUGUCCCCACCUAAACCAAAGCACAUCUCGUUCAAGACUGAAGCAGACAACAGAGGGAACAAAGGUCCAAACAAUCAGCAUGGGCUUACCUCUGACAUCCAGAGGAGUCCUGUCUGUCAGAAAAAAAAACAGCCGGUUGCGUGCAUCCCCAAAGUGCAGAUCAUUGCAGACUACGUCCUGAAGUACCCAGAGAUCAGCUGUGUGGAAGAAAGGGAAAAAUACAAAGCUGUGUUCAAUGACCAGUAUCAGGAGUACAAAGAGCUUUACAAAGACAUCAGCACCACGCUGAAUAAGUUCAGUGAGCUGGAUGCUGUCAUAGCACGACUCACCACAGAUGGAAAAAGCAGAGAGGACCGAGACAGGAUUAAAAACAUCUUGAAGCAGUAUGAGCAGAAAAAGAGCGAUCCUGCUUUUUUGGAGAAAAAGCAACGUUGUGACUACUUGAAAGCCAAACUGAGCCACGUAAAAAACAGAAUCCGUGUUUUUGACCAGGAUACAUCCAAAUUUGACAAAACCAUGUAUGAACCUCGGCACUAUGACAGCUGCCCUCUGUACAGCCCGCCCUACAGCGCCACCUCCCACAGCUUGAAUCCCGAAAGAAGCAGGCACUCCCCCAUCAGCAAUUAUGUCAGCUACACUUCCAAACCCCUCGCAGAGUCCCAAUACGUGGAGGAGACGCCUCAACGCUUCUACCGAUGGUUUUCACCACCUGGUUUUGUCAAAACCCUCCAGGGAGCCACAGUGCUCAUGUGUUUCCUCAUCUUUGCCUGUGUGGCAUCAACAUUGGUGUGGGACAUAAAUGGAUUUGGCUACAGUGUUGUUGGCGGCGCAGGGAGUGUUCCAGGUGCGGGCCAAGGCUACUAUGGAGGCAGCUAUGGAUACAGUAGCUCCUACAUGACCCCGCAGUCCGCCAAGGCCGCAAUGAUCUCCAUGGCUGCCCUCAACUUCUUGGUUUCACUGGGGUUCCUGGUGGGGAGUUUUUCCCGGUCACGGGCCAUAAGAGGAUCUAGCUUCUACCUCACUGUGUUCAUCUGUGACACCAUCUUAGCUGUCCUUCAGGGCAUUAUUGACAUCAUUUUUGUGAUUGGGGUCAACCCAAUGUCUCAGAGCUCACAGAGCAUGAUGUACAAUCCAGUCCUGAUGAUGUGCCAGAACAUUCCGGACAGGCCCAGCCUUAGCGGUAGCAUAGGAGCUGGUUUUCCUGGGGGGUUCCCUAUGUACAACCAGUACCUGUACCACUACUGCUUCAUGGACCCAGAGGAGGCCGUAGCAUUAGCUUUGAGUCUGAUGGUGGUGUUGGCCCUGUCAUUGGCUGCUUACUACUCCUGGAAGACUCGUAGCAAAAUUUGGCGCCAUGGCAAAGCUAACAUUUACUGGGAUGAGCCACUGGUCAGGCAUUCAGAGGGGCAGAAUGUUCAAGACUGGGUAAACCAUGUUGGAGAGGGGCGCAGCACCCAGCGGGCACCAACUUUUGUUAUAUCAGAGAAAGGGGCUUCUGACCUACGUGAGGGAAACAGUGUGGCAUCCUACUGCCAUGAUACAGGCCUCAGUCACAGCCAGGAAAAUUUGAACAGCAACAGCUUCUGUAAGGAGAGUAGCAAGCAUCAAGAGGCUGACCUUCUGUUCCGGAACAGCAGGCCUGCAUUGUGCAGCAGCUCCUCAGGUGAAGCCGAUAGCAGCAGGAAACCUGGCUCAAGGGAACAGAGGAACCACGGAGAUCGUGCUGCUCGGGAGACGGUGGAGCUCCGAAAUGAAACCCCUUACAACACUGGAGGAGACACUGCCGAUGAGCUGGACCAACACCAAGACCAAUACCUCUUCAGACGGUACCCAGAGAUCAUUUCAGACCAACAGCGCCAGCAGUACAGGCGAGAUUUCGACUCCGCCCUGGUUCGCUAUAAGAGCCUGUGUGAAGAAAUGGAUGACAUCUGUGACCAGAUUCACAAGCUGAGUCGAGAACUCCACUCACUGGACAAGGAUUCCAUGAAGUACCAGGGUGUGGUUGAUGAAUAUAACAGACUGAAAGAUCUUAAAAGGGGACCAGAUUAUCAGGCAAAAAAGAGGGAGAGCAAAGAACUUCGGCAAAAACUGUUUCACAUCAAACGCCUGGUAAAAAACUUUGACCAAGGUCUUUGUUAGCACAUGUCCAUCAGUCUAAAGUUGAAGAAACAAGGAUGCAAUCAGACAGGACUGCACAUGUUAACAUUGAUGCUUUAAAACUGGAUAAAACAUGUUGCUCACUUUGUUUACAUUAACCAUGUGGCACUGAGGUUACUGGCACAGCUUGUGAACUUUGCUCUGAAAAAAAUCUGAAAUAAAACAUAUUCCUUUGUGAAAGAACAUCACUGCAUAUAAAAAGUCUGCACACCCCUAUUCAAAUUCCAGGUUUUUGUAAUGUACAAAAUGAGGCCAAGAUAAAUCCUUUCAAAACUUGUAUCAUUAA